AAAGCAGCAUUCCAAAAUUUAUUUCCUCUAUCUAAAUCUCAAUUUCUCGUCCAUCAAAAUCAAAUCCAAUCUUUCACCCAUUCAAUUAAUUCAACAACCUCACAUUCAAAAUGUCCGAAGACGCUCCCCAAAAACCAUCCAAGCUCCCCGUCAUAGUCAAUAAACCCACACCAUAUACCUUUGACCUCGGUCUCCUCCUCGCCGAGGACCCAAACCCGCUCCUCCUCACCACAUCCGAAAACCUCGAAGCUGAUCUCGCUGCUACUGCGCGAGAUGGCGCGCAAGCAUUGUUGAACCAGUUAUUGAGCACUUGUCCCAUUGCGUCGACGCCCAGUGGAGUUUUGUUGAGUUUGCCUGGGAUUGCUACCAAGUUGCCUAGAGAAAAGGUAUGCGAUUUUUUCAUGCAUUUGCAUUUCCCGCAUUGAGAUCUCAUUUAUAUAUAUUUGAUCAAGCUAACUAAAGAUUCUCUAGCCUCUUCCUCCCCUAGUCGGACAAACCACCUGGCAGAAAUUCGCCGCUAAGAAAGGCAUUAAACCCAAGACUGCCGAGGCCAAAAAGAAGCUUGUAUAUGAUGAAUCUACUGGUGAAUGGGUUCCUAAAUGGGGAUAUAAGGGAAUUAAUAAGAAGGGAGAAGAUGAUUGGAUUGUGGAGGUGAAUGAGAAGCAGGAGCGCGAGAGAAAGGAGGGAACUGAGAGACAGAACGAUGGAAGACGAGAGAGAAAGGAGAAGGUUAGGAGGAAUGAGAGAAUGCAGAGAAAGAAUGGAAGGAAUGAUAGGAAGAAUCAUGGAGGGAAGAGGGAUUAAAUAGUCGAGGUGGAAUAUUGACAUGAUGGGAAGGAGAGGGAAAGUGGAUGGUAUGAUAGAAGACGGAAUGAUGGUGGACUUCAUUGUAUGGCGUUGGCAUGGGUUAUCAUUGGCGUUAUGAGGACAAUCAUUGCAUGUGAAAAGGGAAAAGAAAAGUGUUGCGCUACAUUGGAUCACAAUAAGUCACAGUAACAACCAAGUAGAUGUCCAAAAGUCAUAAUGGUACAUAG